AUGCGUCAGAAUGUGGUCAGGUAUACUGUUGGGAAAAUUACACCUGUACAGAGGCGAGAAGUUCGCGCUUCAGAUUUUGGUCCAAGGGCAAGCUUUUGGAUGAAUUUUCCGAAAGAUGGAUCCCAAUUGACACCUCCCCACCAAUCAGAGGAUUUUAAGUGGAAAGACUACUGCCCAAUGGUUUUCAGAAAUCAUUAUGGCUCGAUUAAGAGAGAAGUACCAGAGGCAAACUUUGAAUUGAGUUUGCUUUUGUUGAUUAGAAUGUCUCUCAUGCUGUAUCCUGUUACAGAGGAAGAGCUACUUCAAGUGUUUGAUCGGCUGGAUAUUCGAUAUUCAAAUUUUAUUGUGUUGAGAAUGUACUGCAAUACUAAGCACCAUAUUAAAGUCGUGUAUCCUUUGGAUGAACAAGCCUUGAAGGUUAUAAAUCCUACACAACAAUCGAAUCUGAGAGUUGAAAGGCUAAACCAACAAUUGGAGCUUGCAAUACAGUCAACAAUAAAGAUGGUACAUGCUGAGAAAGACGACCUUAGUGAAGAAAAAUUAAUGCAGCACGAAGAUAUUUCAAAUCAAAAGCUGCAACAAGAGCUGGUCCUCAACUUUUGGAAGCAAAAAGGUUCACACUAUUGGCAGCAAAACUGGGGCAGCCAUCUAUUCAACCUGGACAACAACGUGAAGAACAAUUCCAGUAACCUAAGGGCCAUAAAAUGA